AUGAUAAAAAAUUUGAGUUUAACUUUUAAUUCUUUAGAAAUGGAAUAUGCUUAUCGUGAAUGGUCAUUUAAUAAUAACCAUCAUCGCUUUCAAAUAUUUUUUAGUUUUAUAGGAGGAUAUUUAAUUGUGAUGAUCAUUAAAUUUAAUAGCACAAAUACAUUGCUCCCUUUAAUUAUUUCAUGUAUAAGUUUGUUUCUAGAACUUACUCUUCUAUUCUUCAUUAGAAAGUAUAAAGAAAAGGUUGAGAUAAUAAUGACAAUGAAUCAAAUACUAUUAUCUGUGAUUUGUGAGUUUUAUCGAAUAUUUGCGCAGAAAACAAAUCUCUGGUAUUUAGGUUAUAGCCUUGCUUCUAUGAAAUUAAGUAAAUAUUUUUUAUUUUAUUUUAGUAAUUUUUGCUAGAGGCAAUAAGUUUAUUGUAUAAUCAGGUGUAUAGGUGAUGUGUCAAUGUUGCUCAUUUAUUUUUAUGGAAGAAGAAGAUGUUUACUAAUUAGUAGCUCAUAAUCUAUUAACUUUUCUAUUGGUUAUGUUUAGAUAUUAACUUGAAUUAAUAAAUCGAAAAUAUUUUAUUGCCAGUCAAUCCUAAUCUUAAUAUGAAAAUUUAAUAUAAGAUUUGCUUCCUUCUUGGGUUGUUAUAGUGAAAUAUGAUAAAAUGCAAGGGUAAUUAAGUUUAGACAAAAUCAAUAAAAAUAUGUAAAAUAAAUUUAACAUUAUGGAUGAUAAAUGUUUUAGAGAAUUCUUAAGAAAUUUAAAAGUAUUACCAUAUGAAUUUGAAAGAUAGAAUUUAUAAUUUAUUAAACUUGAACAUACACUAAUUCGAUAACUUUAAACAAAUAAAGAUGAUUAGACUGUUGAAAGAUAUCAUGCAUUUAUGGAUAAAAAGGAUAGUAAAAUUAAAUAAUAAAAAUUUAAAAUUACAUAGGUUUUUUUUAAAACUUUUGAACCUUCAAUUAUACUCCUAUUUGAAGAAAUUAAAGAGGAUAAAUACGAUUAAUUNUACUUAGAAAAGUAUUGA